GAAGGAGAGCCACGCAUGGCACACAAUGCUGUGACCCUCUGUCCCCAUCAGGAAAGGGCUACCCGGGGUGGCAGAAAAGGCCAGGAGAGGUCGUGGUGGGAGGAAAGAUGCUCUCCCUCAAGACUUUUCCAUUUCUGCUCCUGCUCCACCUGCAGCUUUCCCAGGCCUUUCCUGCAUCUUCCAAAGACCUCGAGGAGAAGCACAUGAAAGUUGUUCAGAAAUACCUAGAACAUUUCUACCAAUUACCAAGCACCCUACAUCGGUCCACGAGGAAGAACAGCGCUAGUUUGAUUGUUGAGAAGCUUAAAGAAAUGCAGCGAUUUUUUGGGUUGAAUGAGACGGGGAAGCCAGAUGCGGAAACCCUGGAGAUGAUGGAGAAGCCUCGCUGUGGAGUGCCAGACAAUGGUGACUUUAUGUUAACCCCAGGAAACCCCAAGUGGAAACACACUAAUCUGACCUACAGGAUUAUAAACUAUACCCCACAGCUGUCCGAGGCUGAUGUGCACUCAGCUAUUGAGAAAGCCUUCCAAGUCUGGAGUGCGGCCUCACCCCUGACCUUCCUGAGGCUCUCGCAAGGAGAAGCAGACAUCAAGAUCGCUUUUGUCCACAGAGAUCAUGGUGACAAUUCUCCAUUUGAUGGGCCUAACGGGGUGCUUGCUCAUGCCUUUCAGCCAGGCCAGGGCAUUGGAGGAGAUGUUCAUUUUGAUGCAGAAGAAACAUGGACCACAAGCUCUAUAAAUUACAACUUGUUUCUCGUCGCUGCUCAUGAAUUCGGACACUCCUUGGGGCUAUCUCACUCCUCGGACCCUGGUGCCUUGAUGUACCCCAACUAUGCCUUCAGAGAUCCCACCACCUACACGCUCCCUCAAGAUGACAUCAAUGGCAUCCAGGCCAUCUAUGGGCUUUCAAACAAUCCUGUCCAACCUACUGGACCAAGUACACCCAGAGCCUGUGACCCCAGAUUGACAUUUGAUGCUAUAGCCACACUCCGUGGAGAAAUAUUUUUCUUCCAGGACAGGUACUUCUGGAGACGGCAUCCUCAGCUGCGAAGGGUCGAACUCAAUUUCAUUUCUCUAUUCUGGCCAAACCUGCCCAGUGGUAUACAAGCUGCUUAUGAGGAUUCCGACAGGGACCUCGUUUUCCUAUUUAAAGGCAACCAAUACUGGGCUCUGAAUGGCUAUGACAUUCAGCAAGGUUAUCCCAGGAAUAUCGCCAACUAUGGCUUCCCAAGGACCGUCCAAGCGAUUGACGCAGCUGUUUCCUACAGAAGUAAAACAUACUUCUUUGUGAAUGAUCAACUCUGGAGAUAUGAUAACCAAAGACAAGUGAUGGAACCAGGUUAUCCCAGAAGUCUAUCAAGUGACUUUCCAGGAAUAGCAAGUAGAGUCGAUGCAGUUUUCCAGCAGGAUCACUUCUUUCUUUUCUUCAGUGGACCAAGAUAUUAUGCAUUCGAUACUACAACUCGUAGAAUUACGAGGGUUGACAGGAGCAAUAGAUGGCUUAACUGUAGGUAAAGUCAAAGCAAAAUCAGAACGGUUUAAAUCCAUUUUCUAAAAUGGAAGGCAAGUCCAACUUACACUUCAAUUAUAUUUUGUCUCAUUUAUACUUUUCUCAGUAUCAAUCAAUCUUAUUUGCUAUCACUGCACUCACUGGGCCUGUGCUCACUGUUUGGAAUAUUUCACCAUGUACAGAGGUUGGUUCAGUUCUCACACAUUCCAUCUCCGGUUUAUGUACCUAUCGCAUCUGCUUCAGGCAAUGUAGCACCAGAUUUUGGUUAGAAGUAAGAAUUAUAGGCCCAGUUGGUGACAUGGUAGUUAAAGUGGCUGAACCUCCCCCAAUGUCGACUGUGCAGUUUGUGUUCCAGACUUGGCAACUUGAGAAACACACUGGGUGUGUGUGCUUAGGCCCAAAAUUCCUAGAGAAGAGAUUUGGGUGUGGUCAUCACCUUGGGCGUGCUUUAGCACUUCCUCUCUCUCUCUCUCUGGUGAGCAUACACGCCCUAUAGAAAAACUAAAAAGAAAGGGAGGAGAUCAUAAGCCAGAUAGAUGGUGCCCAUUGCCUUUACAGAAAAUGUUUCCCACUCUUAGAAUGAAACGUAGAUGAUACAGGUUGUGGGUGGAUUGUGUUUCUCAAAAAAGAUAUAUUGAAAUCCUAACCUAGGUACCUAUGAAUGUGAGAGUGUAGGGGAAGGGAUCUUUGCAGAUGUAAUUAGUUAAGAUGAGCUCAUACUAAAUUCAAGUGGACGCUAGAUCCAAUACAACUGGUGUACUUAUAAGAAGAGAGGCAUGGCUACACAGAGAUGGUCAUGUGAAGACAGAGGAAGAGACUGGAGAGAAACAUCUGCAAAACAAGAAAAAUCAAGGAAUGCCAGCAGAACCCAAGACCUGGGAAGAGGCAAGGAAGGAUCCUAUUUUGUAGCCUUGAGAGAAGAAGGCAUGGCCUUGCCGACACCUGCUGAAUUUGACCCCCAGAACAAUGAGAGGAUAAGUGUCUGGUUUUAAGUCCCCAAGUUAGUAGUACUUUGUGGCAGCAGCCCUACAAAAGUAACAUAUCUGUGCUUAAAAAAUACAAUCAACACAGAAUACCAGCGUUGAACUCUCACCACGGAUUACUGGCCAUCUUCCUAGGGGAGCAACAGAAAAGAGAUAUCACUUCUCCUGCCUCCUUGCCACUCCCUCUAGAGUCCAAUCUGAUGGGUAGUUAGACUUCCUGUGCCGAGUUCGUUAUUUCCUGGGGUAUUCAGGAUGAUGGACUGCACAGACAGAACUGGGCUUGGCACAAAAGCAGUACAGCUCUUUAAAUUAAGUUUAGGUGCAUACAUUUGCUAAUGGCUUUUGUCAGUAAAGAAUUUCAGGGCUUACAGAAUCCUCAUGAUGUCAUAUUUGCAGUUGUAAAAAUGUAAU